GUUUUAUUUUCUACUUAAAUACUAACUUCCACCAAGAUAUACAGGCGUAUAUCGCAAUAGUUUUAAUGUUAUAUUUUCUUUCUAGGAGAUAAUUGGUUUACGAUGCUUAAAAUGGAUUUUGGAGAUAAUUUAUUGCCAGAUCUUGGAACUACCAGAAGAGUUAUGACAAAAGAAAUUACAAAAUCUUUAGUCCUUGCCGCAAUACUUGGAUACGAAUCAGCUUUCAGAGAUUUCAAACGGAUGUGUCGUUUAAUAGGUUUGUUCAGAAGUAUAAAAUUCCCAGCUUCAUAUGUAAUAACUGCCGAAGUUGACAAUUGUGGUACUUGUACCUUAACAGGUGCAGACGGAAGUGUUAGCAAAUAUAGAUUCGUCGACGAAGUAAUUUGGGAAGUAGAAGUCGAUAAACUUACUGAAGUAAUACAAUUACUCAGAAGUCAGGUUGCCAGUUGGUAACAUAUACCAGCUAUCGUAAUUGUAAAUAAUUGACAAUUGUAUUGCAUUGUUGUUUCUUUCAAUCAUA